AUGGAUGCGCGCUGGGUGCCAUAUUUCCUACAUCGUGCUUUGGACUUGAGGAUUCCUCGCCUAGUUUUUGCCACGCCGGCGGCACAGUGGAUGGCACUCUGCGAAGACGUACGACAGACCCGCCAGAGAUUGUCAGACUUGCUCUGCCUGUGGUUCUCAAGCCCCGCUGCCAGACCACUGGAUGUUCACGACAAGGCAAAGUUCUACCUCCUGCCGAUAUUUCUUUCCCUUGGUUUGGAUGUUAUCUCUUUGGAUCUGGAUGUUUUCAUGUUCCAGGACCCGACAGCGAGAAUUCUGGAAACAGUGUACAGCAAGGCAUUACCUUUGGAUGUGGCAGCGACCGACCACUUUGAUGGUACUUGUUUGAAUGCUGGUGUACUCUUUGUCCGGGCAAGCGACCAGGCAUUGCUGUGGGUCCUGCAUUUUAUAGAAUGGCUCCACAAAUAUCCGUACGGACAUUUUCAGAACGGUUUGGAUGCUUUUCUUGGACAUUCGAUACUUGAGCCGCAGUUGCCCGACAGUUCAGUACUGCCGACAGCUGCACGGGUAUCAUACGCUGUGCUGGGAACCGACUUGGAGUAUGUCACCUUGGCAGGCUGGGGUGGAUCUCUCGAGAAGCAAAGGCAUCAGGCGCUCUUGCUGCAUUUCACCCCUGCCAUCUCUGCAGCAUUGGGCUCGGGCCUCGCCCAUGGUGAGAAGCAGGUUCUACUGCUGCACCUCUUCAAUGCGACCGCUCGUCGGCCUGGUGAGAAGGAGCCAGACGCACGGCGACAGCAGAUGGCCAAGUGGAAGGUCCUUCAUCGCUUGCACACGAAUGUGCCCAGGUGGAGAACGCCUUGCUAUGUUGGCAUCCAUCCAACAGUGACUCAUCUGGUGGAGUCUGGCCUGUACGAGGAGCUUCUGGCAUGA